CCUCUGUUGUUAUCCUUCACCUUUACAACUCAAAUGAUGUGCAUGUGAUGGAGUGUUAUACGUCUUAUUAUUGAUUUACAUCUCGAACCUUUCCAGAUAUACUCAAUAUUAUUGUAGUGUUUAGACUCUGCAAUCAAAGUUAAAAAGGCCAGGCUUUCAGAGGAAGUGAGGCCAUUCAGUAACCCUCAUGUCUCCUGCUUUGGCGGGCGCUGAGCUGGUCCGCACGCCGGUGCAGCUCUACCGCUAUCUGCUGCGCUGCUGCAAACUCCUGCCAACUGCAGCCAUGCAGAAACACUACCAACACGCCAUCAGACAGAGCUAUAACAGUCAUGCGGAUGAAGAUGAUGCAGAAAGGAUUCAGAUGAUCAUUCAAAGAGCCAUCUCUGAUGCUGACUGGAUAUUAAAUAAAUACACUAAAAAGAAGUGACCCUCUGUGGAGAAUUGUUCAUCAGGCUGACUCAGAACUGCAAAGGUCAUGCAGGAACUACUGAACAACUCAUAAUGAAACUGAAAUCAUACCCACGGGUUAUAGAUAAACACCA